CUGGGUGGGUCGCUCCAGUGCGUCUACAGGACUCGGGGAAGGAGGGAGGCAGUUCUUGGUCAUCAGGCGUCCCUUGCUCAUUAGGAGACCCUUGCUCGUCAGGAGACGCAUCCUAGUCAUGUCUUCAAAGGAGCCCCAAGAUGGCCCAGAGCCCCAAGAUGGCCCAGAGCUUCAAGAUGGCCCAGAGCCCCAAGAUGGCCCAGAGCCCCAAGAUGGCCCAGAGCCCCAAGAUGGCCCAGAGCUUCAAGAUGGCCCAGAGCCCCAAGAUGGCCCAGAGCCCCAAGAUGGCCCAGAGCCCCAACAAGGCCGGAGGCGCAAGAGAACCAGGUUCAACAAGAACCAAUACAAGAUUCUUAUUGAUGCCUUUGAAGCUGACGCUUACCCUGAUAUUAAUGUCCGAGUAGAACUCGCAAAUCAAAUACAAAUUCCUGAGCCAAGAAUCCAGGUCUGGUUUCAGAACAGGAGAGCGCGAAUUUCAAUGAAGAAUGCCCAGAAGAUGAAAAAGCCCCACGUCGUUCCAGGACCCACUCAGGGGGAGGUCGGUGCCCCAGUUCAGCGUGGAAACGGCGACCCAGUUCCAGGAUCCAGCCAGGGCGGACUUUAUGCGCCAGUUCCAGAAUCCAGUCAGGGUGGACUUUAUGUGCCAGUUCCAGGAUCCAGUCAAGGUGGACUCUAUGCCCCAGUUCCAGAAUCCAAUCAAGAUGGACUUUAUGCACCAAUUCCAGGACCCAAUCAAGGUAAAUUCUGUGCCCCCAGCUUCUCUUGCCAGCAGGGUCCUCUGGCAGCCCAGAGAGAUGCCAGCCACUUCUGGAAUCCAGAGGAUAUUCCCGGUCAAGCUAUUUUCUUGGGGUAUUUUGGUAACAGGGGUGUGAAUAUUGCCUUGCCCAACACAGAAAUUCCAGCUGAAGAGCCUUCUGGAAACCCAAACUGCUCUUUCUUCUCAGGCUUCAGCCCCACUUUUCUUACCACUUCCCAACAGCCCUUUUCAUGGGCAGAAGCUGGCAGUGCAGAUUUGGGGGGCCUUGGGAUGCCACUGGCUGGGAACCAGGCGCUGCAGGACUGGAGGCAGCAUCCUCCUUCUGGUGAACAGCAAUCAUGGUGGAACCAGCAGCCUUCACCUCCACCUCUGCCAACAGCUGUGCGGGAGCCACAGGUGCCACCCCAGCAGCUGCUGUCCCAGAACCCUGAGGCCUGGGAGCCACCACAAUCCCAUUCACCCCUUCUGCCAUUUCCAGCCUCUUCAUCCCCUCAGCCACAUCUGCCCCAGGCACAUCUCGCUUCUCCUCCACGUCUGAUCUUGCCUCAGGCCAUCCGGGAGAGGUACCUGUGGGCCAUAGGAGCCGUUUCCAUCCCUACCUCCAACAAAGGACCUUGGUGGGACACCGUAGGGCAUCCCAGGCCUCAGCCCCUGAGGCUAUGGGAGCAACACUUGAAGCCCCUACGACAGCAAAGUGAUGGAAAUAACCUAAGUACGUGUGAGUUGAUAGGAGACAUUAAAUCAGCUAAGGCUCAUCUAUACCUUUAAUGCUAUGCAAAAUUGAAAGGCAUUUGAAGAAUUGUGUUCUUUCCCUUGGAGAGGUCUCCUAGCCAUACUUCUCAGGAAAUGAAGACGUCAGGAUGGAAGGGCAGACAGUGCAACGGAUAUGGGCAGGCAGAGGACCCAGUGGGUUUCCUUAGAUGAAAGGGAAACAGAGCUUUAAAAGCCCAUCUGUCCUGUCUUUUAUGGUUGAACAACAUGGAGCACUUCAAUUAUUUUACAAACUGUGGAAGGGAUGGAGGGAUAGGGUGAGGGCUGAUUUGUAGACAUAUAUCCAGUCAUCAAUAAAAAGAUGAUGGCUAUUUCUGUGCAUCUGGAAUGGAUCCUCCCCCCACCCUCCUUUUUUUGGUCGCACCCACAGAACGU